AUGCUGCAGUGCGACGAGACGAAGCUGCAAUGUGAAAACUGCGUCCGCUUCGGACUCCCUUGUGAUUUCCUGCCUCCUCCAGAGCGGAAGGAAUGGGUGAGCCGUAGCACCGUCGCCGCUCCGGGUGUUAGGCGUGGUCGGGGCCGACCGCGUGCCGAUUGGAGCCGCUGGGUGGCCGAUUGCGGUGAUCAGACGCCGCGACCCGCGGACGACAGGCAUCCAGUCCAGUCGUCGCGAGCGGCGGCAGAAGUAGUCCAAGCUCCGUCCCCGUCCCCGUCCCCGUCAUCGUCAUCGUCAUCGUCCUCACUUGGGCUGAGCGUGGGUGAUCUUGAGCUGCUGCACCACUACACGACCGUCACCUCGACGACCGUCGGCGACGCGCGUCUCUGGCGAGACGAGGCGCCGAGGCUGGGCCGUGAGCACCCGUGCAACUUCCACGCGACGCUGUCGCUGGCGGGAUAUCACCUGGCCAGGCUCCGUCCGGGAGACAGUCGGAGAUACCUGCGCCUCGCGGAGGACCACUACGCGGCCGCGGCGAGGGACGCGACGCGGAUGCUGCCGCGCCUCGACGAGGGCAACUGCCAGGCGCUGUACAUUGUCACGGUUCUGAUUUGCUUCACGGCGUUUGCGAGAGGUCCGUCGGAGGGCGACUUGCUGCUGGUCGCGCGGGAGGGAUGCGUGCCGUGGGUGUCCCUGCUGCGCGGUGUGCGGCUGGUGCUCGAGACGAUCGGGUCAGCAUCAGAGAAAGAGCGCCUCGGGCACAAAAUGAGCACACAUCUUGCCGCCGUUUCUGUGGCCCAAGGCCGGCCUCUCGAGGUCCGAAGCCGACCUACCCCGAAACCCGGCCCUGGCGAGCUGCUCCUCGCCGUCAAGUCGGUCGCGCUCAACCCCGCCGACACGCUCAUGCGCGGCACCGGCCUCUUUAUCCAAGCCUAUCCCACCGUCAUCGGCUUAGACGUCGCCGGCGUGGUCCUCGAGGUCGGCGACGGCGUCCCGACCGAGCCCACCGCCGACGGCGUCUUCUUCCGGCCGGGCGUCACCAGGGCAGUGGCGUACAGCGGCGCCGUGUGGCAGGCGUGCGACCCGGACUACGGCGUCUUCCAGGAGCGCUGCCUCGUGCCCUGGCAGCACGCGGCACCGCUACCGGAGGGGAGCGGAUCUUUGGAGUGGCAGGGCGCGGCGACGCUGCCCGUGUCUGUGCAGGUGCCGCUCUCAGCGUGGGAUGCACUGGGGCUGGAGUAUGCCGGGACGGGCGCCACAAAGGCAAAAAGGGAGGCUCUGUUGAUUUGGGGCGCCUCGUCGAGUGUUGGGACAAUGGGCGUGCAGCUUGCUCGAUUGCAGAAAAAUGCCGGGGGCUCUGGUAUUGGAGCUGUCUAUGCCACUGCCGGUGCGGCGAACCUCGCAUACGUCAAGUCGCUCGGGGCGGAUCGCGUCUUUGACCACCAAAGUCCUGAAGUGGUGGACUUGAUCGUAGCUGCGGCCAGGGAGGAUGGGUUGGCCAUCCGCCACUGCUUCCUCGGUAUGGGGGACAUUGCACCGUGCCAGGCCGUGCUGUCUGCCUUUGCGAAGACGGAGGUGGUGGUUGCGGGAGGGGGAGCCAAGAUCACCUCCGCCCCGAUUGUACCUCCCGACACCAAGGAGGUGGAGGGCGUGGAAAUCAUCUUUGUCAUGCCCUCCUCGGACAAGACUGAGAGGCUGGCCCAGUUCCGGAAAUGGAUGGCGCAGUUGAGCAAGUAUGUUGCUGCUGGCGACAUCAAGCCGAGCCCGGAGCCAAAGCUAGUUGGCACCAGCUUGGACGCUAUUAAUUCUGGCCUGGACAUGCUUUCCCAGGGAGUCAGCUGUUCGAAGCUGGUCAUCCAGAUUGCAGAAUAA